UUUGAUGGCAGGUUGCUCUGUCAACUGGCAACUUAUGGCAAAGUUUAGCCUUCUUGGCCUUUGGGAACACAACAGACUGUUUAUCAUUGACUUCGUAUUAAGUGUGUUGAGUGUGAGCGUGAAGCGAUGAAUUUUAUUAUGGACGUGAACUUUCAGUUCAGUAUUUGCCAGGACAGUAUGAAGAAUAACAGAUUCUUGUGUGACCACCUGUAAAUCAUACUAGAGACAAGAUCAAGAGUAGUAAAGACGUAUUUUUUGUUUGUAUACACACAACUACAGUGAUCUAGAAUCUACACUACACUUACUACGCUGACAACCACGUUGAAUGGACAAGCAGUGUAAAUCUGUGAAUAUGAAUGCGUUGUUUUAAUGAGUAUGCUCCAAUGUGAAGAGUUUAUUCAUUAGCUAGGAUUUGUGUUAGCCUACACUACACUUGUGAUUGUGACUGGAGUCAGUGUUGUCUAUUCUUUUUAGUAUUAUAAAUAGUCUUGACUCUUGACUCUAGUAGACUGAUGAACAAAAUAAAGGCUCCCAAAAUAAAACUAGAGAUCUAGAUAUCUAGAUCUAAGUAGUGAGUAGAUUAGAAUCUUAGUAUAGAAGACACAAAUACUAUAGUAUAGACUAUACUAUAGAAGAUUCUAAGUAGCCUAAUCUUUGGAAGUUUAGAGCUUGAGAGAGUAAAAAUUUAUUAUAAGAGGACCUGAACUGAAGAGAUGUGUUGAAUCUUGAACAAGUAAAAGAAGAUCAAGUUCCAAGUGGUGCUAGUUAUCUCUCAAAACUCAAAAGUAAGGCAAGAUAAGUUUGAACAAUAUGUCCAGACGACAUGCAAAAUUGCCACAGGAUGCAAGGUCUAGCACUUCUGCAACUAGUACUAGUUCGACCAAAUCGUCUGCAUUGGGUUUGUCAAUUGAUCCUGAGGUGUCAGCAGCGCAUGCUGCAUGGUCAACAGGCACGCAUCAGCAUUCAUCUCGUGUUAACAGUAAGUUGAGGAGCAGAAAACUUUUAUCGAAAGAAAAAGCAAGUAAGGAGGAGGUUAGGGACCAUCAGUCUCCGUCUCGACAGCAAGCUGGCUUUUCAACAAAUGAUAAUGAGUUAUCGAAGCAGUGCUUUGAGACAAAAGUCGUCAAAGCGAAAACAAAAUUGCUUCCUUCCACUUUCAAGUCCAAGACUAUCCAGCGUAAUCGUAAUCAGGUUUCAGAAAUAGCUUGUGACAGUGUAAAUUCUGCAGUGAAAAGCCACCUGUUACAACAGAAUUCUUAUAAUGCACAGUCAGAUGCAGACAAAAAUGCAUUCAAAGAACAUAUCAGUACUACUACCAGAGCUGUUGAAGAAAAUGUGUCAAGUAUUGCCAUCAGCCCAAAUGCCCAUGACAGUGAUAUCCACCUGAACAGUAAGACAUUAGGAGCUAAACAUAAUAUGGCCCUUCAACUUGAAGAACGACAUGACACGGUUGGUGACAGGAAUCCUUCUCCUGAUGAUCUUGAUCCUGGAUGGGACGAGUCCCUGCUCAAUUUGUCACAAGACGUAGAUUAUGAGGGUGAGGUGAGAUGGGACAGUCGAUCCCAGGAGACGAUACAAAAAAUUAUGAAAUCAAGAGGACAGUACAGUGCUGAAGGUGUCAGGGAAAUUGUGGCCAAGUUUUCAGACCCACCAGCACCAGAGCCUUCAUACCAGCCAAUUGGACAGCGACUGACACGAGCAUCGUUCUCCCCCCGUGGCCCCACCCAGCAUAGUGGCGUUCUGGCCUCUAGGAGGACGAGGGCGUCCAAAAAAACGGUUGAGCGUCUUCAGAGCCGAAGUGAUGUAGACGACAUGAUCAACCUUCUCCGUGGCAUCAUUCAGAAAAAACAGGCUGCUGAGGAGGAAGAGAAGAGUGUGUCUGUUCCAGUCGGGGAGACGUCUGAGGAAAAGUCAUCCUCCCAUAGUGCCGCCCCCUCGUGUCUUGGACAGUCUGACCCUGCUGCUCAAGAGGAUGAUUGCUGGUCUGAUGAUGACCUCUUCCAGGACAACUCUCUCCUUCUUGAACUCACUCAGAACCCGGACAAAUUCUGCCAGGCAGGCAAGCCACCAUGUGGCAUUACUACAGACACAGUACCAGUUGUCCCUGGCUGUGACUCUGACAAAGUGGCUGUCACUGCUGGUAGAUCUGGAACCACAAGCUUGUCUGCCUCAGUGGCUAGUUUUUCCUCAACAACGAAUUCUUUAGGAGCUAACUCUUCCACAAGACCAUGUUCUUCAUUGGCUAAUCCUUCCACAAAAACAAAUUCUUCAACAAGAACAAAUUUUUCAUCAGCUAGGUCUUUGAUAAAGACAAAUUCUUCUUUAGCUAGUUAUUCGACAAAAACUAUUUCUUCCACUGCUAAUUCGUUUAUAAGAACAAAUUCUCCAUUAACUAAUUCUUGCACAAGAGCACCUAGCAGCAGGCCUACCAGUAACUCGCUUGUGACAAACUUGAAUGAUUCCUCUGUGAUUCCUUCAUCCUAUGUAGAAAGGCAUGGCCAUGGUCAUCAGUUCACCACGAAAAAUUCCUCAACAUUGACUGGAAUGAAUUCCAAAAUGCCCGUUAACAGACUGCAGUUUCCAUCAAACAAGAGUAAUAUCCAGGGGAGUGCUCCCAUACAGUCAUCUUCCUUUGGGAAAAAAAACUCCACAAGUUUAAAUUCGAAAAAGGAAAGAACUUCUCCUAGACAUUCAAAUGCUGUAACAAAUGGAGCCAAAGGUAAUGGGUACAACAACAAGUUUUCCUCUAGUGUCAAUAACUUUCUCAACAGCCAGUCUGCCCCUCGGGGGACAUCUCCUCAAAGUGCGGGUUGUAAGGGUUCAGGUCCAGGUCAAUGUGGGCUUCAAAGGGUUGCUGUCCUGAAUCCACCAGCUCGCCCGUCUGUCUUGUCAGGACAUGUAUCAAAAACUGAGAGUGAUUGCUCAUCCCGUACAUCUCUCAGCUUUGAGCAUGCCAGGGGUGGUCAGAAACUUGGAUCAGUCCAAACUCAGAGGUCAACUGUCUUCCACAAGCCCAUAUCAGGCUCAGAAACAUCCAAUCAGUGUACAGAUUCAACAUGUCAAAGUUCCAACAAAUCUCACCAAUGUAGCAACACAUCUGGUCAGGGUGCCACUGACAAGGACACAGAUUUUUUUGACCUGAGUCUCCCAGACGAGAUUUUGCUUCAGCUCACAGAGCCUGAUGAGAUCUUGGACAGUCAAGAAGACGUCCUCGCUCCUUCCUUCAGAGCCCAGCCCACCAAUCAGAGCAAGAGUAUUUAUCUGCAAACCAACGGUGCCCAGAAAAAGACUGGAGGUGAAAAAUUGUUACGAGAACAACAGAAGCCACUGUGGACCUCUGCCUUGGAUGCGGGUAAAGAAGAAGUCUUUAUCUCCCCUGUGAAACCAUUGCGACAAGAGCUGCAAGCUGCGGGGACUGUUGGAGCAGCGUCUCCAAUGCGGGCAUUUUUCAAGAGAACUUUAGGUGUCCAGGGCAGCCCUUUAGCUAUGAGGGUUGGCAAACACAGCUCUCCAUGCGGGCCCAGCUCUAGCACUCCAGUCAAACUAGCCAAAGGAACGGAAGCCACUCAUGCUGGCCGCAAGGAGACAAACCAAACUGCUCACAGUGCUUCAGAGUCUGCAGAGGACGCUCUGUUUGACGACAGUUUUAUGAAUGAUCAAGCACUUUUUGAGUCUCAGAUUUUGCCAAUGUUGGAAAAGGCUGAAUCGGAGGCCCUGGCUGCCAGCCAAGUGCAAAAACCUCAAGGUACCGAAGUUGCCAGUGUGAGUGCCAGCCCCCCAGUCACAUGCUCUCCCCAGGAAAUUGAACAGAAGAGGCAAGCAGCACUGUACAGACGCAGUCAACGACUUAGUCAAAAAAAUGCUAGAGUGUCGAGGUGAUGUCGAGGUGGCGUGUGACCUGUGAUGGGAUCACCUGAGAGGUGGUGGAUUUUGUCUUGGUAUGUGCGAUGGGGAUCUACUCACCUCCUUUGUUCCUUUACUUUCAUAUUUACGUGCAAUGGCAGCUCAGGUUGAUGACACAGCACAACUUCCCAGAACCCCUGCUGGAAACACUAGCAUUUGAAACAGAAAAUGUCUCUGACAUAUUUCUGUGUGCAGAAUUGGAGAUGCUUGAGGCAACACAGUGGUUGUGCAAUAAAUUGUGUUCAUGUGCUAUCGUGUGAUUCUUUCUUGUAAAAAGUAACAGCACAAGUUGUGCUGUGCGAGAUGUGUGAGGGAUUAUUUUGAGAUGCUGAACUUGUAGGCUACUCCUGCUGAAUAACUCCCUUGGCCAUUCCCUUAAUUCUGCAGUAUUAUCUCUGUCCCCACUCUGAACAUACAGUGAUUUCAGUAGGGUAAUCUGAAGAAAAAUAUAUGGUAAACUUACACUGUUUUUUAAUAGGACCAUGCUUGGAACUGAACCCUUCGCCAUGGGGCUAGGAUGCCCCCAAUAAGUGUUGAGGUUGCAUUUUGCUGUUGGGGAUUUGCUGAUACUGAUUUUCAUUUGCUGUUGUUCUCCCGUUGUCUAUCCUGGCUGUUUGAUCCAGAUUUUCAUGUACCGGGUAGAGUAUGUGUUAUUUUUGUGAUAAAGUGCGGCUAUCAUACAGAACAUGUAUAUACUUUGGAUUGAGAUCGAGCUGUGCUGAAAAAUCCAUCGGCAUGUAGAUUUCCUUUCCCUGUCGGGGGGGGGGAUGCUGCAUUAGCUCGAAAGUCAUUGAUGUGAGUUCAAUGCUGUCAAAUUCAGUGUGGGGAUGAAUGGAACUCAUGAGGUAGCAGUAGCAGUGGUGUUUGUGAGAGUGAUUGUGUUCACUGUUGUACUUAUUGUAUAUAUGUACACUAUAUGAAGUGCGGGAUUAAAGAAAUUUACUUGAA